AUGGCUGCGCGUCGCCCGACUACGAUUCAGCUCGGCAGGCUCACAAACGAUUAUGAACUCGGGGAAUACUUAGCAUCAGGAGGAUGCGGGACUGUAAUGAUGUGUAAAAAGAGGGGCGACAACGAAAACAAGCAAUACGUCCUAAAGUAUAUGGACCUCAAUGAGCUCACUACAAACAAAGCGAACGGUGCCCAACGUGAAGCCGAGCUGAUGCAAAAUAUUAACCAUCCAAAUAUUGUUACGUUGUAUGAGGUUUUUGAAUGCGAUAACAAGCUGCAUCUUGUGAUGGAAUAUUGCGACAGAGGGGACUUGAGAGACAGAAUCACUGAAAGGAGAUACAAAAGGCGACCCUUUAACUAUUCUCUUAUUCGAAGAUGGAUGCUGCAGCUUGCAAAGGGUGUCAAGGCGCUGCAUGAAGCAGGAAUCGUUCACCGAGACAUCAAACCUGAAAAUAUUUUCCUGACUGGACAUACUGAUGAUAUUCGAAUCGGCGAUUUGGGCAUCUCGAGGAAAAUUGAGACUAAUCAGCGCGCGAAAACACGAAUCGGAACGCCGCGAUACGUCUCGCCAGAAGUUCUGAAAGGAGUUCCAUACAGUUUCGAAACGGACAUCUGGUCACUUGGAGUGAUGCUGAUCGAAAUGUGCACGCUGCAAAAAGUCGUUGUAAAGUUGAAAAGGAAACAGAAAAAUUUCCUUUGCUGGAAAAGAGACGUCACUGUGGUCGACGUUCCCGAUAUCCCGAAAAUGUAUGGAUCAGAGAUCAUGGCUAUUGCGAAGAAAAUGCUCAAGGAAGAUCCGCUCGCUAGACCGACGGCAUCUGAAUUACUCAAUAUGAUAACGAAUCUACCUGUAACCGCCAAAGAAUAG